UAGUUCUAUCUCCAUAAGGCCUCAUUGCAGCCAAAUCACACAGCACGCCUCCUCAUCUCUAUCAUUGGAGAGAUUCAUGGCAAAGAAACCCUUUCUAAACAGCUUGGAUCUUAAAGCUUCAGAAACUGAUUAAACAGCUAUGAACAGUACAAUUGAAUCUGAAUCUUAAGUCCCUCUCCCUCUUUGUCUGUCUCUCUUCCUCCUCUAACAAGUUCUUCAUAGAUUGGUCAUUUUUUUUUUUAGACAGAUGGACUUGAAACCUGCUUGAUCUUGGAACAUCACUUCAAGUCACUGCGCACAUUGCAGGAGAAACAGGACAUUAUUUUCUAGAAGUAAUGCCCACAGAAAGCGGAAGUUGUGCAACUGCUCGCCAGGCAAAGCAGAAACGCAAGUCACAUAGCCUUUCUAUAAGAAGAACCAACAGUUCAGAACAAGAAAGGACGGGACUUCCAAGAGAAAUGUUGGAAGGGCAAGAUUCUAAACUCCCCUCUUCAGUUCGGAAUACACUUCUGGAGCUUUUUGGUCAAAUAGAAAGAGAGUUUGAAAAUCUUUAUAUUGAAAAUUUGGAAUUGCGUAGAGAAAUUGAUACCCUCAAUGAGCGUCUUGCUGCUGAAGGACAAACAAUUGAUGGGGCAGAACUGAGUAAGGGUCAGCUGAAAACAAAAGCCAGUCAUAGUACCAGUCAGCUUUCUCAGAAAUUAAAGACCACUUACAAAGCUUCUACUAGCAAGAUUGUUUCCAGUUUUAAAACGACAACAUCAAGGGCAAUUUGCCAAUUAGUGAAGGAAUAUGUUGGCCACAGGGAUGGAAUCUGGGAUGUGAGUGUUACAAGGACACAGCCGGUGGUGUUGGGGACCGCUUCUGCUGAUCACACAGCUUUGUUAUGGAGCAUAGAAACUGGGAAGUGCCUUGUCAAGUAUGCGGGUCAUGUUGGAUCAGUAAAUUCCAUAAAAUUUCAUCCUUCUGAGCAAGUAGCUCUUACUGCAUCUGGAGACCAAACAGCUCAUAUCUGGAGAUUUAUGGUACAGCUACCAACACCUCAACCUAUUACAGAUACUAGUCAACAAAUGUCUGGAGAAGAUGAAGUGGAAUUUUCAGAUAAAGAUGAUGCAGAUGGAGAUGGAGAGGGUUCCAGUGAUUGCCCUACCAUUAGGGUUCCCCUAACGUCACUUAAAAGCCAUCAAGGAGUGGUGAUAGCAGCUGAUUGGUUGGUUGGAGGAAAGCAAGCAGUAACAGCUUCAUGGGAUAGAACAGCCAACCUGUAUGACGUUGAAACAUCUGAACUUGUUCAUUCUUUAACAGGGCAUGAUCAAGAGUUAACACAUUGUUGUACACAUCCUACCCAGCGUCUUGUAGUGACAUCAUCUCGUGAUACAACUUUUCGCCUUUGGGAUUUCAGAGAUCCUUCAAUCCAUUCUGUGAAUGUCUUUCAAGGUCAUACAGACACUGUGACCUCUGCUGUCUUUACUGUGGGGGACAAUGUUGUUUCAGGCAGUGAUGAUCGCACUGUAAAAGUAUGGGACUUGAAAAAUAUGAGAUCCCCAAUUGCAACUAUUCGAACAGACUCUGCUAUAAACAGGAUUAAUGUAUGUGUUGGUCAAAGAAUCAUUGCCCUUCCACAUGACAACCGACAAGUUAGAUUAUUUGAUAUGUCAGGAGUACGAUUAGCAAGGCUCCCUCGAAGUAACAGACAGGGUCACAGAAGAAUGGUGUGCUGCUCAGCGUGGAGCGAAGAUCAUCCAAUAUGCAAUCUGUUUACUUGUGGGUUUGAUCGCCAGGCCAUUGGCUGGAACAUCAACAUCCCUGCCUUGCUGCAAGAAAAAUAAGAUCUGUUUAUUCUCCACAAUUUUUUUUUUUGCCAUAGACUUUUAACUCAUGCAGAUAUUUCUGCAUAUUGGUCUGCCAUUAUUGUGAGAAUUUAACCCUAAAAAAGGGGCUUUGUAAAUGUUGUUUCCACAUUGUGCCCAGUUUGCAUGAAAUGAACCGAAAAUGUGUGAUCAUUUUUUCUUUCCCUGAUUAAGACCUUGUAUAUGACUUUUUACAUACUGGCAUCCUUUGAUUAUUAGAAAUGAAGUUCACUUGCCAUUGAGCACAUAAAAUGCUCAUGAAUUAUUCCACAUUUGAUGCAUAAACAGUAGGGCAUUACAUUUCUGUGAAUUCAGUGUCAAUGUGAAAUCCAUAUACUCAUUGUGAUAUAGAUAGCAGUCUCUUGCAUUUUACAGAAAAAUCAUAAAUACCUACCAUGUUUUGAAAAGAUUGAAGGCCUGAAUUUGAGUUGGUGAAUUUCACUGGUAGUCACACAUUUCAUAUUUACUUCUUUCAUGAAGUUUUGACAUGUAGUGCUUCGGUGUAAUACAAUUUCAAUGCUAAUUUUGAGUAUAAUUCUCUAAGAAUAGCAUAGGUUUGAGAAGUAAAAGUUUAGCAGCUUCUAGUAUGUAUAGAAUGUUGAUCCACAACAUUCAGAGGAAGUUUCUUUUUAAAAAGAAGUGUUUUCUGCCCUAUUAAUAUUAAAUCAUUUCAAUUUCAUAAGGUCUUGCACUAGCAAAUUCCAAAAUAAGAAUUCUAAUCACUGAAAUAUGUUGAAGCAAAAUUUAAAGCACUUUAGUUUAUAGCUAUGGUUAUAAACAGUUUAUAGAAGUUUCAGAUGACUCAUCCAAUGACUGUGACUUGACCUUUGUGAGAAGGAUUUCCUACUUUUAGGUGACCUACCUGAAAACAAAAUCUUUUUUAUGUUCUACACGUUCAGUUUGCAUUUUAUAAAUAGGUCCACUUCCCUGGUGGCAUUUGAGAGCCAGCAUUGCGACUACAUGAGUACUACCUCACAAAUGAAUGUUAUGAACUUUGAAUCUCACUGUGGCCUAGUUAAAGCACUUUUGGUUUAUAGCUGGAAUAUUGAAUUAAAAUCAUAAGGGAAGAAGACAAUCACACCAAAAAAUUGAAUACAAACAAUUUGCUAUUGAUUUCAUAAGGUUAUAACACAAGAAAUAUUUGUAUGUUUGGAAGAUUCUUUUAUUUUCUCAUACGCGUAGCUGGGACUAGCGCUAUUGUAAUACCUUACCAUAUUGUAGAAUGAAUGAUCCUUUUAUUCUCUUGACUUCUCUGAGAUCAGAAUGUUGUACUAAAAUUUGUAAGUAUUAUUUUUUAUUGACUUUCAGUCUUGCUUAAAAGACAUCUUAGUGCACUGCCCCUCACAUUUGGAUGGCCAUUUUUCUUUUUAUUCAUGGUUUUCUCCCUUAUUUUUAGAUGAUGUGGGAGGAUGGUAUACAGCUAAUUGGAAAUAGGAAACUAUUUGGAAGAGUUUAUUAUGAGUGAAAAGAAAUAGAACAGAAGCUGAGUUUACAGUUAGAUCCUUGUGCAUUUAGAAUAAUUUUGCAGAGUCUUAUUAACUUAUUUGGGUGUUCAAGAGGAGGAAGAAAGACUAAAAAGAGGGAACUCCUAAAAAGAAUGAGUUAAAAGUUAAAGUGACAAAAGAAUAAUAUUAUAUAGAGCUGGGAAUUUUCGAUGAAGUGAUAAGAAAUAAACAAACAUAUUACAGUAAAUUUUUCUUUGAAACUCAGAAGGCUUGAUGUAUUUUCAAAUUUGGUAUUUUUAUUAGCUCAAAUACAGUAUGGGAAAUCUAGAGUUAGUUGCCACUAUAGUAAAUAAAAGCGUUCCAGGUUUUAGUUACUGCUUUCUGAAUAUUUUGCUAUAAUGCCUUGAUUCUGUUGAGGUAUUUGCUAUGAGUUAUUUUUACCCUGUCAUGCUUUAACUUUUGGAAAAUUGAUAUUCAGAAUAUAAUUUCCUGUCCCCUUUAUUGUAUAUUCAAAGGCCUGAGUAUUAACUUGCUCUUGAAUGCUAGAUUACAGAGAUAGUAAUUAACUUGAUUUCUUUUAAUUUGGAAAUUCAGAUAAUUUGAAAUCAUUGCUGGAAAUAUAAAUAUAUGCAUUUUUACAUAUGCAUAUAUAUUAUACAUUUACAUAUAUCCACACACACACAAAUAACUGAUUCAACAUUUUAAAACCAAGUUCUAGCCUGUUUUUGCUUAAUGUUUUUGAAGCCUUUAGAAUAUGACUUGAAGGUCAUUCAGAUCUAUGCAGACUAGUAUACAUCACUGCCAGUGGCUGCUUACUUUUAUCACAAACUAGAGGGACCAACCUCUUGACACCAGAAAUGAGUGCACACACUCAUUUUCAGUGGGAGUAAAGUAAUUCCCAAGGUGCUAGAGCUGAGUUCUCAGCAGCAGGCUAAUAUUUACUCCAUUAAUUACUAUAUCAUCUUUUAACUUGAUUUUACAUAUUAUCUAUUUGUGACCAUAAAUGUUAUUUCCAGCAAGUCAGGUAGGCAAUUGGUGAUAGUGAAUUUUUGGUGGUUUGAAGUGAAGUCAUGUUUCUAGCCACUCAUAGUACCAUUUAACUAGUAUUUGAAGAGGGAACCAUUUCAUGCUGAAUGCAGACAUGUCCAGAAUUUCAUUUAAUAAUGGAGGAAAAUGUGUUAAGGAAAAAUAGAUGUUGGUGCAGAAUUUCACAGGAGAUCCAUUGUUGUGCAAGACAGUGGUCUUAUGUGGCUUUCUUUUUCUCUACCAGUGCACAUCCCUUUUUUACAGAUUCAAAAUCUGUACAUAUUUUGGAAUCUGAUGUUUUUAAAACAUUUGCUGCCUAAAAUCUGUGAAUACAAAUUUCUUUUGGAAGAAAUAUGUAUUUGUAAGUGUUGUAUGGAUCUACUUGUUUUUUUAUUUACUUUUACUGUGCUGAUUGUUUUUUUUUAAGUGUUUAGUGUCUUCAUUGAAAUUUGAAAUUCAUUAAAACAUCCAUGUUCUGUGAUUACUGUUUUUGAAGUUAUAUAUGAAUCUCACAUAUUUUUUUUACAACAUUCCAUAUGUGUUUUAAAUAGUUUUGUACUGGUCAAAUAAUAGUUUCAGAAAGUGUUUUUUUAAUCUGGUAUAGAAUUUUUUCACAGCUUUGAAAUGAUAACCAGUUAGAUAAAGGUUAUUACUGCCAGUUGAAAAUUUUAAAAUUUUAUAAUAGGAAAAAAUCAAGUUCCCUUUCUUGUGCACUUAAUGAAUACCAAAAUAAAUAAAUACAAAAUUUUAAUUUUUUUUUCCCCCACUAAAAACAGUCCUGUUAAAAAGAACACUUGGGCAAAGCAAUUAGCAAUUGUUUUCCUCUAGAGGUCACUAAAAUAUCAGAAAAUAUUCCAUUCUUAUUCCAAUUUGAAAGUAAAAUAUUUUUUAUAGUUGGAAAAAAAAAGGGAUACUAUUUACUGUUGGAAAAUGUAAAUCA